GUGCAGUGUCUACGCUGAAACCUCUUUUGCUGGAUGUUGUCCCAACCAUUCGACAGUCUGCUGCUUUGGCUCUUGGGAGACUUGCUGACUCCAGCAGUGACCUGGCAGAGGCAAUGGUGAAGGCAGACAUUCUUCCAGAGAUCAUAUAUUCAUUGCCUGAGCAGAACCGUUUCUACAAGAGAACAGCUGCGCUUGUGCUCAGAGCAAUUGCUAAACAUUCCCCACAGCUAGCUCAGGCAAUAGUUCAGUGUGGAGCACUGGAAAUGCUGGUGAUUUGCUUGGAAGAUUUUGAUCCUGCAGUCAAAGAAGCUGCAUCUUGGGCUUUUGGGUGUAUUGCCCGACACAAUCCAGAACUGUCACAAGCUGUGGUGGAUGCAGGCGCUGUUCCUCUGUUAGUGCUCUGUAUCCAGGAGCCAGAAAUUGCUUUGAAAAGGAUUGCAGCUUCAACUCUCAGUGAUAUUUCAAAGCAUUCUCCAGAGUUAGCACAGACAGUAGUGGAUGCAGGAGCUAUCGCUCACUUAGCUCAGAUGAUCCUGAACCCUGAUGCUAAACUGAAGCGUCAGGUGCUGUCAGCUCUAAGCCAAAUAGCAAAGCAUUCAGUGGAUCUUGCAGAGUUGGUGGUUGAAGCAGAAAUUUUCCCAGUUGUGUUCACAUGCCUGAAGGACUCAGAUGACUAUGUCAAGAAAAAUGGUGCAACUUUAAUUAGAGAGAUAGCAAAGCAUACGCCUGAGCUUUCACAGCUUAUAGUCAAUUCAGGAGGAGCUGCUGCUGUGAUUGAUUGUAUUGGCAGCUGCAGAGGGACUGUCAGGCUGCCUGGCAUCAUGAUGCUUGGUUAUGUAGCAGCUCACUCGGAGAACCUGUCAAUGGCAGUGAUUGUCUCCAAGGGAAUACCAGCACUGUGUGCCUGCUUGGGAGAAGAAGAAGAUCAUAUUAAGGCAGCAGCUGUUUGGGCUUUGGGACAGAUUGGAAGACACACUUCUGAGCACGCACGUCAUGUGGCAGUAGAAAAUGUCCUGCCCACACUGCUCCAUAUCUAUAUGAGCAUACAGAGCUCAGAAGAUCUUAAAAUUAAAGCUAAAAAUGCCUUAAAGAGCAUUCUUCAGAAAUGCACAUAUCUUCCAGCACUUGAACCACUGCUGCAUGAUGCUCCUCCCAAUAUUAUGAAACAUAUACUUGGGCAGUUUGGUAAGGUGUUGCCACAUGACAGUAAAGCACGUCGUCUCUUUGUAACAACCGGUGGACUUAAAAAGGUUCAAGAAAUAAAAGCAGAACCUGGGUCACUUCUUCAGGAAUAUAUCAACGCUAUUAACAAUUGCUAUCCAGAGGAAAUAGUGAGGUAUUAUUCCCCUGGAUAUUCUGAGGUACUUCUGGAGAGGGUGGAAAAGUACCAACCAGUUUUAUAAACGUCAGCGUGUUAUUCGAGCUGCAUUUCACAUUUGUGGCUUUAUGACUGUCAUACAAAUAAAGCUGUUGAAACUCUUGCUUGAUUCUGAAAUGUCCUUCUACUGUUUAAACUACUGAGAGGGCUCAACAAUUCCAGCAAACUCUGUUUUGUUCUUUAUAAACUUGUUUGU